AUGUAUGAUUUGUCGUUUGCGUUCGCGUUAUUGAAAUGGGAUGCGUAUCAGCAUCAAGCGAGCACGUAUUGGGCACCGUGCGAGGGGUGCGAGUGGUGCCGUGGUGGGAUGAUACGAUACCAGGGAGACGUUUCAUCACCUGCCCGUCAGCAGGGCCGCAACGGGAUUGGACGCUGCGCAGAUAGAGUUCGGGGGACGCUCAGCGAUGCGAGAUGCGAGAUACAGCGUGCAUGGGCGCAGAAUGGAAGGUGGUCGUGGGCCGCGAGGCUCCCCGCGCGCAGCCUCAUGAGGCCGCGACGGGCAGCGACGAGUGCGGGGGAUGCGCCGAGUGUAGCCGGCGGGGGAGCGCGCGGGGCGACCGGGGCUCUAGAUCAGUCAGGCGGGGCUGCGUGCCCUGGACGAAUUGGACCUGAUUUCAAUUAUGUAUCGCAGACGCAGCGGCGCAGGAGUGAUGCCAUCCAGAUAAGGGGUGUGCCCGGAUUAGGCGCUGCGGUGCAGCUUCCCGGGGGUGCAUCACAAGGACGGGGGGGCACUCGCGCGCUGACGGAUCAUGGCAGGCCUUCCAAGGAGCCCUUCAGACGGACCACCACAGUCCACCAGACGCCGGCGUAUCAGCCGGCGCGGACGCGGCGCCCGCGACGCCCGAGCCCGGUGCUCACUCGUGGGGGCGCCGACGACGCAGCGAGGGCGAGAUGCGAGGGCGAGAAGAGUGAUGCGCGAAGGCGGGGGCAUAAUGAAUUUUUUAUCUGA